AUGAGCCACAGAACCUCCUCCUCCUUCAGAGCGGAGAGAAGUUUUCACUCCUCUUCCUCCUCCUCCUCUUCCUCCUCUUCCUCCGCGGCCUCCCGUGCCCUCCCAGCCCAGGACCCACCCAUGGAGAAGGCACUGAGCAUGUUUUCUGAGGACUUUGGCAGCUUCAUGAGGCCCCACUCGGAGGCCCUGGCCUUUCCAGGCAAGGCCUUUCCUGCAGCCCGUUCAGCGGGUCCAGGGAACAUCAAGACCCUCGGAGAUGCCUAUGAGUUUGCAGUGGAUGUGAGGGACUUCUCACCGGAAGACAUCAUCGUCACUACCUCCAACAACCACAUUGAGGUGCGAGCUGAGAAGCUGGCGGCAGAUGGCACCGUCAUGAACACCUUUGCUCACAAGUGCCAGCUGCCAGAUGACGUGGACCCCACAUCGGUGACCUCUGCCCUGCGGGAAGAUGGCAGCCUCACCAUCCGGGCCCGACGUCACCCACACACGCAGCAUGUCCAGCAGACCUUCCGGACAGAGAUUAAGAUCUGA